GCAGUAUAAUUUGAGGUAAACUUGAUUCUAAUUGUAGUUUAAUGAGAAUGUGUUGACUCAUAAACAAAGAUUGUUUUAAUUGGCCAUAAAUGUAAAUAUUCCGAUGGAAUCUAAUUUGGAUGCAAGAGAACAUAUUAGAUAUCUUAAAGUGCAGAGCAUGUCACAUACAGGAGAUGAUUUGCACUCGCCCAACUAUUUGUCGUGGAGAAAACUACAACUAAGUCGUGCCAAGUUAAAAGCUUCCAGUAAGACUUCUGCUCUUCUUUCUGGCUUUGCAAUGGUGGCCAUGGUCGAAGUGCAGUUGGAUAAAGGAACUUCAGUGCCAGAUUAUAUGUUGGUGGCAUUUGCCAUUUGUACAACUUUGCUCGUGGCCGUUCAUAUGCUUGCCUUGAUGAUUAGUACUUGCAUACUACCAAAUGUAGAAACUGUUUGUAACUUACAUAGUAUUGCUUUAGUCAACGAAUCUCCACACGAAAUGCUACAUUGGUACAUUGAAAUUGCAUGGUCAUUUUCGACCCUCUUUGGGCUCCUUCUCUUCCUUAUUGAAAUCGCAAUCUUAUGUUGGGUCAAGUUUUAUGAUCUAAACAAAGCAGCAUCUUGGUCCGCAUGCAUAAUACUGAUCCCCGUUCUGAUUGUUUUUAUUGCCUUCGCCAUCCACUUUUAUAGAUCACUUGUCACACACAAGUACGAAGUUACGAUUUCUGGCAUUCGUGAAUUGGAAAUUUUAAAAGAAUCCUUGGAGCAGAACAACAGAGAACAACCACAAAAUGCAACAGCAAAUACGGGCUCGUUUUACUCCAGUGAUAUGGCUUGAAUUUGAUUGUUUUUCAAAAUAGGUAUAUAGUAUUUACUUACACAUGUAUGUCAAAUUUUCUUUCUCGAUUUUAUAUUUAACUCUAACAACUCUAACAUUGGAAUAAAAUGUUAAAGAAAAAUUCAAAAUUUAUACUUUGUAAAUAAGUAAUGUUU